AUGUGCUCAACCAGUUUUAGCUUCUUUGCUUCUGACGAAGUUUAUUCAAAAAUUUCCCAUGUUCUCACCAUUAUUGAAGUUUUAACUCAUUCUUUCGGGGCAUAUAUUAUAAUUUCGAAAACUCCGAAAAAGUUGGAAUCCGUGAAGGCUGGAAUGUUACUGUUACACUUUGUUGGAGCUUUCGUCGAUAUCUAUUUCAGUUUAUUAAUCAUUCCAGUCUUGAGUUUACCUGUCGUUGGAGGCUACCCGCUUGGAUUACUUUCAUUUUUUGGCGUUCCAGUUUCAGUGCAAACUUAUGUCGGUAUUUCGAUACUUGGAGUGCUAAUUACAACAAUUUUAAUAUUUAUUGAAGACCGUCGGUACCGACUAAUUCGCGGUCAUAAAUACAGUGCAACGAGAAAAUGGCACCAACUUUUGUAUGUAACAGCGCAAUAUUUUUUGGCAGCAACUUUUCCUGUUCCUGCAUUUGUGAAUGUACCUGAUCAAGAAUCCGGAAAACUGACUGCUCAAAAUAAAAAUCAGUGUAUUCCAACUGAUGUUUUAAGCAUCCUAAAUUCUCUCAACACAGACCCAUCUCUAUCAAUACACAACGUCUACAAAAGCAGUAUUUCGUUGCCAUAAGCUUGCAAUUUGUCCUCCCGUUUGUUAUCAUUGCUUUUCCGGCUGCACAUCUUGUGCUCUCAGUAUAUUUAGGAUAUCAUAAUCAAGGCGCAAAUAAUUAGGCGUUCUUAAUUAUCUCAUUACACGGAAUCCUAUCAACUGUAACAAUGCUGAUGGUUCACAGACCUUUUAGGAAAUCAAUUUUUGAAAUGUUACACCUGGAUUCAUUUCAGUCAGCGCACAACAGCCAAUCUAUCUGGAGACUCUCUUAUUGA